UCAUUCGACAUCAAAUGUAAGGAUCCAUCUUGCCCCUGGUAUCUACGUGCUUCGGUAUUCAAAAAAGUGACAUUUGGAUAGUUCGUAAAUUCACAGAUACACAUAUGUGUUCUGUUGAGGUCGUGAAGAAUGACCACAAACAAGCAACAUCCUGGAUUGUAUCUGAGUGUACGAAAUUAAUAUUUAAAAUGAAUGACAAGGCUCCAUGUCGUCCUUCGGAUGUUAUAAAUUAUAUGAAGAUUCACCACAGUGUGAACAUAAGUUAUGAUAAAGCUUGGAGAGGACGUGAAAUUGCUUUGAAUUCCAUUAGGGGUACUCCGGAGGACUCAUAUGCCAUGUUGUCUGCCUUUUCAGAUGCACUGAUCCGAAACAACCCAGGUACAUAUACGGCUGAAGAAGCAGAUGAUGAAGGUCGGUUUAAAUUCUAUUUCAUGGCACUAGCUGCUUCAAUUGAUGCAUGGAACUACUGCGUACCAGUUAUUUCUGUUGAUGGUGCAGCUAUGAAGAACAAAUAUCUUGGUACCCUCAUAUCUGCUUGUACUGUUGAUGGGAACUCUCAAAUUGUGCCACUAGCUUUUGCUGUCGUUGAUUCAGAGAAUGAUUUGUCAUGGUCAUGGUUUUUUCGAAAUCUUAAAGCCGUUUUUGAGGAACAUAAUGAGAUGGUAAUUGUUUCUGAUGCUCACAAAAGUAUAGAAAAUGGGUUUAAUGCCGUUUAUGAAAUAGCUGAACAUGGAUUAUGUGCAUUCCAUUUGUUGAAGAACUUGAAAAAGAACCAUAAAUCACUUCCUAUGGAGGACUCAUUCAAUAUGUGCCAGAGCGUAUACACCACUGGAAUUUGA